AUGAUGGCUGCCGCUGCUCCCGAGCCCGCCGACGUGACCGGCGCACGUAAACUGCCCACAGCCGAGGAGUUGUCGGAAGCGCUCAAAGUUGAUGUGUACGAUCGCGAAGGCAAGACAAAGACGUUGGGCGAACUGGUCAAAGGCCAGAGGACUGUAUUGGUGUUCACUCGGCAUUUCUUUCUCAUCAUAGGAUGCGGCUCCUACCAGCCCAUCGACACCUAUGCUGCCAACACUUCGUCCAAAUACCCCAUCUACACUGAUCCAAGCCUUCAGCUGCACAAACUCUUCCAGUUCAAGUCCAACCUAGCUGAAGGCAAAGCCGGUGAUGAACAGCGAGACUACAUGCGCAACGCGGGCAGCACGAUGUCCAGGAUUUUUGGUGGCAUCAAGGGCGCGUUGGGAAACCUGCAACAUGUGAACUCUGUGGGACCAAAGGCACUAAAUGGUGGUGAGGUGGUUCUAUCGGCUGAUGGUGAAUGCGAGUACAUGUACCGCAUGCAGAACACGGUUGAUCACACCAACAUCUCAGAGCUUGCGAAGCUGGUUGGAGCUGAGUAUACCCCAGUGAGCAGCGAAGAGGGUAAAGAGCAGGCUGGCAAUGGCCCAACGUCGUAG